AUGCCCUCCGACCAGUCAAUACUCAAAACAUCUCUUCCUUCCGCUCAUCGUGCGGCCGCCCCCAAGACACCACCAGCCCAAUCCACCACUCGCCGUGCGCCAUCGAAACCCAAAGCGUCGCACCAAGCCAAAACCCAGUCGCAGGGUAAACCAGGCACCGAUCCUCGUCAUUUAGCCAUUGCCCUGCAGCAUGCACACCGGAUUCAAGCGCAGAAAGAUACGGAAGCCCUCAUCCUCGAUCGCAUUCUCGAACUAGCCACCUUUCCCCCGUCGCCAUCCGCAGACCCUGCGUCGCCAUCGGCCGAAGAUGUCCAGACAUUCAAGUCCGCUCUCGUUCCUUUCCAGCCGGCCGAUUAUGACAAUUUGAUUCUGGAGCGCAAUAUCGAGGGUCUUUGUGGCUAUACGCUAUGUCCUCGCGAACACCGAAAGGACGACUUCAAAGGGACGUUCCGCAUCAAGUGGGGUGCCAAAGGCAGCGGACCGGGCGGGCAUGGACGAGACAUGAACAUCGUGCCGCGGGAAAAGAUGGAAAUGUGGUGUUCGGACGAGUGUGCCGAGAGAGCCAUGUAUAUACGGGUCCAGCUGGCCGAGGAGCCGGUUUGGGAGAGAAGAGCCGAUGAUGCUCGUGGUAAGAAUUUCGCUCUGCUGGAGGAAGGAAGAGCCGCACAGCGAGGGAAAGGAAAAGCGAAAGCUACCGUCAACGAGGUCGCAGGCCAGCUUGAUAACCUCCACAUGGACCCGGAGCAAAGUGGAAAUGAUGUGGCCGAAGACAUUGCACAACUCUCCAUUCGCGACGACGCCCGGUCUCGCGAACUCGCCAUGGAGCGUGGUGAUUCGGCCUCGUUAUCACAGGCGGGUCGGGUUGAGGUUCACAUUCGAGAAAAGGAAACGGGCUCCCAUGGGAAUGUCACGGCUCCAGAAAUGCGCCCUGGGGAUGAUAAGGGAGGUUCCAUUGAAGGGUAUAUGCCCAAGGACCAUUGA